UGCCCGCACCUUGGCAGCACCGUGUACGUAACUACUUACUUCACGCUAGCAGCAGUUAGAGCGUGCAGCAGCGUGCAUGAGCGGGCAGUCGAAGCCGAACCGAAGAGCCGAGUGGAUUUGAGAGGGAUGCGCAACUGUCAUAACAGCAGCUCGUUUGUAAUCCGGGUAAAGUGAUGAUGAUGAGUUCUUUAUUAUGCCAGAAUGCGAGAUCUUUCUGCGUAUUGGGGUUGGAAAUCCUAUGAGGAUAUCAGCAGUGCGCCGGGCAAUAUACAAUAGUUUGCACUGGGUCGGAGCAAUCGCGGCGUCGGCAAAUUAGAAGUGCUCCGUGUCGCGGGGAGUACGUAUGUGUGUGCGUUAUACGUGCGAAAAAUAUUUCAAAAUGGAUAUUAUUGUUUGCGACGAAGUCACCGCUCCACGUGAUACAACAAAGGCUAUAAUCGCUCGACCGUCGCAGCGUUGGUAAUGCAAAAGUAAGAGAGCGCACCUUUGCCAUGGCGUCUGCUGCAGAACAGCAACAGACUACCCUGGAAUUUUACCAGGCAAUGGCUGACUUCAAAAACAUGUUUCCACAGAUGGACGAUGACGUUAUCGAGGCUGUGUUACGUUCGAACCAGGGUGCAGUUGACACAACUAUCGAUCAGCUACUGGCAAUGAGCACGGACAACGAGAAUGAAAAGAUCAGAAGUGAGAUUGAGCAGAGCGAAGAUUCAUCUGAAGAUAAUCAGGCUAAAAUCGAGCCUUGCAAGUCGCUGAAGACUAUUCACAAGUGGCAGCCUCCCUUGCUAGGUCCGUUGCCAGACACAUUUCUGAGGCUUCCCAGGCAGUGGAGCGAGAGCUGCGAAAUGCCGGAGCCUGGCGGCGCAUUAGAAAGCUCCACACUGGAGGACGAACGUAUUGCAAUCUUUCUUCAAAACGAAGAAUUCAUGGCAGAACUGAGGUGGAAUGAAGAUUUUCUUUCCACCUUGGCCAGCGAUACUAAAUUAGACGAAUGUGAGAAAUCUGCAGGCACAGUAAGCCACGACGAUGAGGAUUUAUUCAAAGAAAGAUUACGAAAUAUGGGUAAAGUUUCGCGGCGUAAAUUUGCCCAGCUCACCAAGGUGUUUACACGGAGUAAGAAACGUGGUGGAAGACAGCUGCUACCACCCACACCAUCGUGUGACGACCUUUUGGAAUCUGAGGAGGUAUCCAGAUCUCAAAACUAGGCUUCCGCCUGCUCUCCAGUACUUCCUUGAAAGGAACAGAGUUAUAAUCUCUAGUCAACAUCGUUAUCCUGACCAGAUUGAAUAAUAUUCAGGUUAGAAAUGUAUGUGGUGUAGAAAAAAAGUAGUAAUGUUACUGGUUUUUGAAGAAAAGCAAAGAUUCUAGUCACGCAAGUAGGAGAGAAUCAGUGAAAGAAAAUAUAACAAUUCAAGCAAAUGGAAUUCUCAA